GGACCAGGCCUGGCCCAUAUAAAAAAAACAGGCCGGGACGGAGAAUGUAAUCUGUCAGCCCGCCAACCCGGUGCGCAGGCCACAACCGGCCAGCCGGUGGCCCGCUCUGACUUAAAAAAAUAAUGUGUCACUGCAAGUGAGUGCACCACGAACAACUCUACAGAAGCCACGACACGAGUCUUUCUUCUCUCACGAACAACACUCUCAUUCUCCUCCGUCUUCUUCUCGUUGACAGCUAGCCACCGUUCACCGCCACAGUCGACGGCGACGAACGCAGCACAGACGGCGACUGGACGCAGCGACCAACCACACAAUUUGAAGCAGCACCACGCAAGGACGCGCCCGCCGCGACGGACAGCGGCGAUUCCGUCGAAGGGCGACCACCACGAACAGGUGUUGUUGUGAUUGAUUGAUGUUGCCCUAAUUGGUGCUGCUGUAAUUGUUGUUGAAGUUGCCCUAAUUUCGAUAAUAGCUUAAAAAGUAUGGAUCCGGAGGCUGCUCGAGCUGCACGAGAAUCUCUAGACCUGGCUUUCCAUAUGUCCAAUAUACUUGACACGGGUCUAGACCGUCACACACUUUCUGUUCUAAUUGCACUUUGUGAUCUUGGAGUCAAUCCUGAAGCACUUGCUGCUGUUGUCAAGGAACUAAGAAAAGAGAAGCCCUCGUUAUCAUCAUCACUUCCUGAGGCUCCUUCUUUUCCAUAAAUAAAUGGUUCUUUUUGUUAGAUCUCUUCUAUGUGUGCUGAAGUUCUUUGAUCCAUCCUGUUUGUGUGUUCCUCAUCUGGUUCAUUGAAUUGCUUCUUGUUCUGUUGUAUGAGUAGUGGCAUUGUUUUAGUACAAGGUUGAUGGGUUGCAAAUAGAAACUCAUUUGAAGGUUUAUCUUUGAGAUAAAAUUUUCACUUGGCUAAAAGAGUGGCCUCCCUUCAUGCACACAGAUCUUGACACAUUCCAUUUUCUGGAGCAACCUUUAUUGGUUCACAAAUCUUAUGUUGCUAACCUCCCGAUCAACAUUAAAGAAAAAUAAAAGACAAGCAUAAUGUGGUAAGGCAGGUCUUUUUUUUUUUUUUCUUUCGGGGCACUUUUCUUUAUCACUGAAUCAGAUUACAUCAUU